AUGAAGUAAAUUCUGAAUAGAUUUCACAAGACUGAGUUGGUCUCUCUAAUCAAUAAGAGUCAAAGGGGUUACCAAUCUAUAAAUGAUUCCCUCCACAGAGUUCAAUUAUAGCCUAAACCUAAAGUCAAUUUUAAGCCAUCUUAUAAGACUGUGAGAUUGAAGUUUGGGUCAGAAGCGCGUAACGCUAUAAUAAGGGGUGUCUCUAGAUUAUCUGAGACAGUCUAAAUCACUCUUGGACCAGAGUAUGAGGGCGGCGAUCCAAAGAUAACAAAGGACGGAGUUACAGUAGUCAAAUCUAUCAUUGAGCCAAUAAGAGAGGAGGACAUGGGAGCUAGAAUGAUGAAGAAGAUUGCAGGUAAUACUAACCUAUAUGCUGGAGACGGCACCACCACUUCUUUUCUGCUGGGCAACUAACUGCUAAAGAAAGGUUACUUUGCUGUAGAAUUUGCUGGGGCACAUCCCAUAGGAUUGAAAAGAGGCAUGGACAAGGCACUGUUAGUUGUUCUAGACUUCUUGAAGAAUAUGGCUAUGCCAGUGACCACUGAAGAUGAGAUAUUUAACAUUUGCAUGGUCUCUAGCAAUUACAACCAAGAAAUAGCUAGAAUUGUUGCUUAGACAAUGGAUGCUGUUGGACUCGAAGGAAAUGUCAAUAUCGUGGAGAGCCCGACUGGAAGAAAUAAAUUUAACUUGGUUAAUGGACUUAUCUAUGAAAGGGGUUUUGUCUCAGACAAUUUCGUCACUGAAUUUAAAGUUUAAUAAAAAUGUGAACUAGAAUUCCCACUAGUGUUAGUAGUAGGAAAUAAAGUAAAAACAGUAUAAUAAAUAUCUCACAUACUUGAAGUCAUAAAACCAACCAAACGUUCAUUCGUUCUGUUCUCCGAGGACUUGUAAGAGGACCCUCUCUCUAUGAUGGUCUUUAACAACUCCAAAGGUAUAAUCUAAUCAUGUGCCGUGAAUGUGCCCUGGAUGGCAAACGUACAGAAAGAGCAGUUAAGAGAUAUAGCCAUUUAAACUGGCGCUACUCUUGUAGAUGAUGAAUACGAAUUAAAGUUAGAGGACGUGAAGAUAUAGCACUUUGGCUCAGCUAAGAAGAUUGUUGUAGAUGGCUAUAACACUCACAUUGUUGGUGGGAGUGGAGUGCAGGAAAAGAUUGAUGAUAGACUCUAUGAAAUCUAGUUAGCUUUAGCCUAGGAAAAGAGUCCUCAUCUAAAGCAGAUACUGAGAGACAGAUAUCAGAGGAUGAGAGCCAAGAUUGCAGAGAUUGAAGUAGGAGGUAGAACCGAGGCUGAAAGAGGCGAGUUAAGAGAUAUCAUCGUGGACAGUCUGAACUCGGCUAAAGCAGCUAUGAUGAGUGGACUUUUACCAGGGGGUGGAGUUGCUUUAUAUCAAGCAUCAAAAGCGCUUAGAAAUGGUCUUUAGCAUUUAGUGGAUGAUGAGAAUGAAAGGAUUGGAGUUCAAGUUAUGGCAGAUGCUCUGUAAACUCCUCUUAGAAUGGUGAUUGAGAAUAAGAUAGGCAAAGAUUGUGGACAUAUCAUUAAUAAAAUUGAAGAAUCUAACAAUAUAUUUGCUGGCUUUGACUGUAGAAAGGGUAAGUUUAGUGUAGAUGAUAACUACUGUGUAGAGGAAAUAGUUGAUAUGGUAGAUACUGGAGUGGUUGACAGUCUGAAUGUGAUCAAGACUGUUCUAUAGGAUUCAGUAUCACUAGCAGCAUUACCUUUGGAUCAUUAUCAAAGUAAAAGAGAAAUAUUUUGA